AUGGCUCUCGAGCUUUAUAUCCCCCCAUGCAUCCGCACCCCAGCCCACCCUUUCCAUCUCCCACCAUGGAAGAAACCACUGAGGAUAUGCAUCGAAGGUCCGUUGGUGUCUGUGCAAAAGCUACUACCGGAUGUUCAAUGGCACGUCAGUGAUUCCCGAUUUUUGGUGUUUCCACAACCGGCUGGUCCCGAACUUGCAAAGUUGACAUAUCGAGCGCUCUAUGGACGGGAAGUUAGCAGCCAAAUUACGGGUGAUAUGGUUGUUCGGGACGAGUAUCUGGGCUGGGUGAUGAAAGACCGAAGGCCGCUGCCAUGCAUCGAUUACUAUGGAGUCACUUUUGAUCACCACGUUCCCGUUGAAGAUGAUGAAGAUCCAGAAGUGCUGCAAAUUAACAUCAUCGAAAUGGAUGAUGAUGCUGGAGAAUACGCAAAUGAUUGCCUGUUAUUUACGGUAAAUCCAGCAGACUAUACAGGAAAGAAGGUGUUGGCAGUCCCAAGAUGUUGUGGCAAGAGAAAGGGCAAAACGGACCGGUUCCGCAUAAAUUCCUCAGUUGUCGAUAGAGAGGGAAGGAUGCAUCAGUCCAAAUUCAAGGAGCGCUUAGGGCCUACAUAUAUGCUUAAAUACGACAAAGAUGACGUGCGGAGUUGA